AUGUCGGCCGAGAAGAGACGAGCAUCCAACACGGAUCCCAGCAAGCAGCUGGUGAAGCGACCGAAUCUUGGAGGAAGUGGCGGCAGCGGAGGAUCGAGCAAGGCGGGAGGCUCAGGCAGCAAUGCGCUGAUUCAGGUGGAACCACGAACGAGCGGCCUCCAGGCGCCGGUGAUGCAGCUGAGCGGCCAUGCAGACGAGGUGUUCUGCGCCAAGUUUGAUCCGGCGGGUCAUCUGAUUGCGUCUGGGUCGAUGGACCGGUCGAUCUUGCUCUGGCGGACGUACGGCGACUGCGAGAACUACGGGGCGCUGACGGGCCACCGCGGCGCAGUUCUGGACCUGCAGUGGUCACGCGACUCGGACGUGUUGUUCUCGGCAUCGGCCGACACGCAGCUGGCCAGCUGGGACCUGACGUCGGGGCAGCGGAUCCGACGGUACGUGGGCCACGAGGAGAUUGUCAACACGCUGGACAUCAGCCGGCGCGGCGAAGAGCUGCUCUACAGCGGCUCCGAUGACGGCUCGCUCGGCAUCUGGGACCCGCGCAGCAAGAACGCGGCCGACUACAUCCAGACAGACUUUCCGGUCACGGCGGUGGCGGUGGCCGAGGCCGGCCACGAGCUCUACAGCGGCGGCAUCGACAACGACAUCCACGUGUGGGACGUGCGCAAGAAGGCGGUCGUCUACACGCUGCACGGCCACCAGGACACGGUUACGGGCCUGCGCGUGUCGCCCGACAGCCAGUCGCUGCUCUCGUUCGCCAUGGAUGCGACGGCGCGCACCUGGGACAUCCGGCCAUUUGCCCCGACCGAGCGCCACAUCCGCACGUUUGACGGCGCCCAGACCGGCCUGGACAAGAACCUGGUGCACGCCAGUUGGGACCCCAGCAGUCGCCGCAUUGCCGCUGGCUCCGGCGAUGGCACCGUCGUCGUUUGGUCCAGCGACAACGGCAAGCUGCUCUACAAGCUGCCCGGGCACAAGGGCUCCGUCAACUCGGCCGAGUUUUCGCCGGCUGAGGACCAACCGAUCACCCCCGAGGAGGAGAAUCUUGACGCCAUGAACAUCUUCCGCAACGCUCGCCUGAACCUUCGUCGCCAGGGCCAGGCCGACACGGCCGACCUGGAGCAGCAGCAAACCCGCGAGGCCCAGGAAAUGCGCGAGCCGCAGGCACGGUCCUCGCCCAUUAGCAGUGUGCUGCGCCGGGUCGGGCUGGCAGGCCGUGCACCCCAGCCGACGAGCAGUCCGUAUGACGGCAGCGCCGGCGAGACCGUGUCGCCCAAGACGCCGCAGUUCCAGGAAGACGUAGAUUCCAACAGCCCGCCCUCGCGGCUUAGUCAGCCGCCAUCAUAUGACGAUGCGAGCCGCCAGGACCCUCUAGCAAUGCCGGCCGCGGCAGCGCAGCGCAUGCGCAGCUCGAGUGCGGGCAGCACGACGUCGGGCGGCAGCGGUCGUCGGCAGCGGCGACGGUUCGACGGCGCUGACCCGGCCGAGAUGCGUUUGGCAGACAUGGCCGCGGACGGACGGCGGCGAAGGCACCGGCGCAGCCUGCUGCAAGACCAGCAGCAGCAGCAGCAGCCAAAGAAGUUCCUCUUCUGCUUCCCGUACGUGCAGUCGCAUCAGAUGCGAGCGCAGAUCUGCCGCUGCUCCGUGUCGGGACUGCUGUUGCUCCUGCUGCUGGUGAUGUACCUGUCGCUGAUGCUGACACACAAUAUCCACAACAACGAGUUUUCCGUGCUGCUGCUCCUCGUCUCGCUCGCCGUCAUCGUCCUCUUCUGCCACAGCCUCGUCCGCAUCAUCAUUAUGGUCGUGCAUCCGCCAACGCCCGAAGAGGACGAGCGCUUCCGCCAGCGCCGCGCGCGUGCUGCCGGCAGUACUGCCAUGAGUGGCCCCGGCUACGGCGCCUUUCCCCCUGGAACCGACCUAUUCACGCCCGGCGGCUAUGCCGUUCCGCGCCAGCCGAUCCGUGUCGUGCUGGCCCGCGACGAGGAGGCCGCCGGCGUCGAGAGCGUCGCUGCAAAGGCACAGCCACCGGCCUACGGGUUGUGGCGGGAGACUGUGGUCGAAGCCAGCCUUGAGCACAGGCGUGGGGGCAGCGGUGACGGGGUUGUCCGCCCACCAUCGUAUGCGUCCGAGGAUGGUGUGAGCUACGUGGUAGAGGCUCAGCCACGGUCGAUAGCACCAACGACGGAUGUGCCAACCCUGACGCACCCAGCCGAAGAGGGCCGCGUGGGCCAGCCGGCACAAUGGUGA